AUGCUUCGUAUAAGCUGGAUCCAAAAGGUCUCUAACGAGAAAUUUCCGAAACGAGUUGGAAUGAUGAAAAAACUUAUGCAGAACAUUAAACAGCCGAAAGUUGAGUGCCUGGGCCACGUGUUGCGCCAUGACCGCUACCACCUCCUUCAACUAAUUAUAAUGGGUAAAAUCCAGGGUAAACGGCAUGUUGGUCGAAGGAAGAAGUCAUGGCUUCGCAACGUAAGGGAGUGGACGGGUAUUACAACUGCGGAAGAGUUGCUGCAUCUGGCGCAGGACGAGACGCGUUUCAGGAAACUGACGGCCAACCUCCAGUAA